AUGAAAGGAUCCUCACUCUUAAACCCCAUCGCCCAGCGUCUACAAGGCAAGGUCGCCUUCAUCACCGGCGGCGCCAGCGGCAUCGGCGCCGCCACCGCCCGCCUCUUCGCCCGCCACGGCGCCAAGGUCGUCAUCGCCGACCUCCAGUCCGACCUCGGCCGCUCCGUCGCCGAAGAAAUCAGCUCCGAAGUCUCCACCCCCAACGCCGUCACCUACUCCCGCUGCGACAUCACCAGCGACCCCGACGUCGGCGCCGCCGUCGACGCCGCCGUCGACGCCCACGGCAAGCUCGACGUCAUGUUCAGCAACGCCGGGAUCCCGGGGAAGGACAACAUGCUGAUGAGCAUCGCCACGCUGGACCCCACCGAGCUGGCGCGUGUCUUCGCGGUCAACGUCUUCGGCGGGUUCUACGCCGCGAAGCACGCGGCGCGAGUGAUGGUCCCCAACGGGAGCGGGAACAUCAUCUUCACAGCAAGCUCCGUGGCCGCGACGCACGGGAUCUCGUCCCACCCGUACUCCGCGUCGAAAGCGGCCGUGGUGGGGCUGAUGAAGAACCUGACCGUGGAGCUCGGGCAGCACGGGAUAAGGGUGAACUCGAUCUCGCCGUGCGGGAUGGCGACGCCGUUUGGGUUCGCGGCGUCGGGGAUAACGGACCCGAAGUUUAUCGAGGAGGUGGUGUCGGCGAAGGUUGGGCUGAAGGGGGCGGUUUGUCGGGUCGAUGACGUGGCGGAGGCGGCGCUUUACUUGGCGAGUGGGGAGUCCAAGUAUGUUAGUGGGCUGGAUGUUUUGAUCGACGGCGGGCAUAGUUUGAAGAGUGCCUGA